UGAAAUAUGAAUUAAUCUAUUUGAAAGUAAGAUAUUAUUGCAUUGGUAGAAAAAAGAUUUGACAGAUAAAGUUGUAUAUGUACAGAGUAUUUUACCUUUAUCCGUUAACAUCGACCAGCCAAUAGUUAAAUGUUUUUUUGAAAUUGUUUCAUGUGAAUUGGUUCGAAUUUGGAAUUGUGAAAAUUAUUUGUUUCGAUCGGCUGUUAGUCGUCAUCAACAAUGGCUGAUGAGCGAUCACGACCGAAUCUAGGCGUUACUGAGCCAAUAUCUUUGUCUAUGCCUAAAGAAUCGGAUAUUGAGGCUACAAAAGCGCUAGAAGAUUGCCUAAGAAAAUAUCAGCUAGUAGAAAGUGAAGAAGAAUUAAACAAACGUUGCCUUAUAUUGAGCCAAUUGAAUAAAACACUAAAAGAAUGGGUUAAAGAAAUUUCGGCACGAAAAUUACCUCAACAUAUGGCCGAUCAAAUGAAUGGAAAGAUUUUUACCUUUGGCUCAUAUCGUUUGGGUGUCCAUACCAGAGAUGCCGAUAUCGAUACAUUGAUUGUCGUUCCUCGUCAUAUUGAACGUGUUGAUUUUUUUGCCACUUUUCCAAAUCACCUCAAAAAGAUAUCGAAAUGUGAAUAUGUUCGAUCUGUGGAAGAAGCUUUUGUACCCGUCAUGAAAACUAAAAUCGAUGGUAUUGAACUGGAUAUUCUUUUUUCACGGUUGGCAUUAAAAAAUAUAUCAGAAGUUCAAGAUCUUCGUGAUGCAACAUUGUUGAAAAAUUUAGAUGAAAAAAGUGUCCGUUCAUUGAAUGGUUGUCGUGUGACGGAUGAUAUUUUACUUUUAGUUCCCAAUCAUGAAUCAUUUCGUCUUGCUUUAAGAGCUGUAAAAUUCUGGGCCAAGCGUCGUGGUAUUUAUUCGAAUGUUCUUGGUUAUUUGGGUGGUGUAUCCUGGGCUAUGCUAGUUGCUAGAACCUGUCAACUUUAUCCUAACGCUAGUGCAUCAACAUUGUUGCAGAAAUUCUUUUUAGUAUUUAGACAAUGGCCUUGGCCAAAACCUGUAUUGUUGAGAUUCAAUUCUGAUGAUUUUGUUAACCUGGGAUUUCCUGUUUGGGAUCCAAGAGAGAAUGCCAGUGAUCGUUUUCAUUUGAUGCCCAUCAUUACACCAUCAUAUCCUCAGCAAAAUUCUACGUUUAAUGUUACCAAUUCUACGCGUGAAAUUUUGAAAGAAGAAUUCUAUCAUGCAUCAUCCGUGGCAGAUGAAAUUAUAACUGGCAAUUGGCCAUGGGAUAGCCUAUUCGAGCCAGUAGCAUUUUUCCAGAAAUAUCGACAUUACAUUGCAAUUAUAGUGAGCACACAAGCAGAAUGGACAGGACUAGUGGAAUCAAAAAUUCGUAUUUUAGUACAAAAUCUUGAACGACAUCGGCCAAUAGAAAUCGCUCAUGUUUUUCCAAAAUCCUUUAAUCGUAAAAUUCCUGAUUCGGAUGAAUCAUCGGCUAUUAAAUCAUCCGAAAUUGAAAAUGAAUCGGUAAAUACAAAUAAUGGGAACAAUAUGAAAAAUGAUCAAAACAACAGCAGAAAUGAUGUAAAUAUGGAUAAAAUUUCCUGUCCAAAUAAUGAAAGUGAAAAAACAACGAAUGAUGAUAAUUCGGGGUUCGAUAAGAAAUUGGGCAAUGGUAAUGAUUCCUCUAAUCAAAAUGGUAAUUUGUCGGUAACAACUGCCACUUCGACCACCACAGCCAGUACAGAUAUGCAAGAUCAAGAAGAUUCGAACAAAAACGAUUCGAAAAUGAAAGAGCAGAAAAUCUGGUUUAUUGGAUUGCGAUUUCGUAAGAAUGAAGAAUCAAAUGUCGAUCUCACACAGGAUACUAGAAUUUUUGUUGAAACAAUUUUAAAUGCAGCUGUGACAUUCUUUACCGACGAUAUGCUUAUUGAUAUCAAACAUGUUAAAAAACGGGAUCUUAUCCACUAUUUGCCACCUGAAGAGGCGAACACAAUUACCAUUUCGAAAAAAUCUAAAUCGUCAUCGAAUCUUGGUUCGACACCGAAUAGUGAGAAGAAAAAAAGAAAAAUUGAACAUAAUAAUCACAAUGAAGAAAUGGGCGACAGCAGCGGAGGUGAUACAUCGGCCAACACUUUGAAAGCUAAUAAGAACGAAGAUUCAUCUGUUGAUAUUCGUAAGAUUCGACGAAAUACAUCAUCUUCUGAUCCAGAAUCGGCAACAUCUGUUGCUGCAACGACUAGCGCUUGAUAAAAAAAAUGGGUUCAUAAUCCAUAUAUAUAAAUAUUCUGUAAUUAAUAUUCUAUUAUAGCUCAUUGAAGAAUCAACUUUAAAAAAAUUAAUACCCAAAGAACAAACAUAUUAACGAAUUUUUCAUGUAAAUAUUAUCAUUAAUCAUUUUUUGUAAUUGAGAUUUAGUUUUAGCAAAAUAACAAUAAUUAUUAUUACUCAUCAUCAAUCCACAAACACGAAAAAUAGAAAAAAAAAUCAAAUUCAUUCAAAUACAUCAGGUAAAACAACAAUAUGCACGAUAUCACAUUACUCACAUCUUUAGUUUUAAUUAAAAAGUCAUUCCACUUGUUCAAAUUGGGUAAAUGCACUGAACUGUAUGCUAUCAAAAAAAAAAAAAAAAAAAAAUUCUUACUUUUGAAAUAUUCAUCCUAAUCAUUAAUUCACAAUUCGAUUCUAAGAAAUUUAAUUAUUAUUAUGUAAAUAAUUUUUUUAUUUGGAAAAUAAAAGGAUUUUUUUCAAAUUAA